UGAGUCGACCCUCCUCCUUGAAGAAACAAAUCAUCAUUGAUGUUAAUUUUGAUUGAGUAUUAUUGAGCUUUUUUUUGUGAACAUAAGAAGUGAGAAUUUGCCAAAGAAGAAGAAGAAGAAACAUGGUGGAAGGUUAGAGAGUGAGAGAGUGUGAAGCAUGGAAGUGGGUAUGCUUCCAAUCUCAGCUUCAAAGAGAGGAAAACUCUUGGCUGCUGGUUACACCACUCUCGAUGCCAUUGCUCGUGCCUCCCCCACCCACCUUGCUCGAGAUAUUGAUGUUUCUGAGAGUGAAGCCACGGAAAUUCUGAAUCUUGCAAGCAAACCUAGUGCUUUGGAGAGACCGAAUGGGUCUCACACUGCUGUUGUUGGUGGUGGUCAGACUGCCUGGGAUAUGCUCAAUGAUGAAAAGUUUUCUUCUUACAUUACCACAUCUUGUGCAGAUCUGGAUAACAUCCUUGGUGGAGGAAUUAAGUGCAAAGAAGUCACUGAAAUAGGUGGAGUUCCAGGCAUUGGUAAAACACAAAUUGGGAUUCAACUUGCGGUAAAUGUUCAGAUUCCACAAGAAUAUGGUGGCCUAGGUGGGAAGGCAAUAUACAUCGACACAGAAGGAAGCUUUAUGGUUGAACGUGUUCUACAAAUUGCUGAAGCAUGCAUAGAAGAUAUGGCAGAAUACAGCCGGCACUUUCAUAAGGAUUUUCAAGCUUGUGAUGUUAAAAUGCACCCUAAUAAUAUCUUAGAAAAUAUAUUCUAUUUUCGUGUUUGCAGCUACACUGAGCAAAUUGCUUUGAUAAAUUACUUGGACAAAUUCAUCACAGAGAAUAAAGAUGUAAAGAUCCUCAUUGUUGACAGUGUUACUUUCCACUUCCGCCAAGACUUUGAUGAUAUGGCUCUCAGAACUCGAUUACUCAGUGAAAUGGCUUUGAAGUUGAUGAAGCUUGCAAAAAAAUUCCGUUUGGCUGUUGUUAUGUUCAAUCAAGUAACAACCAAGCAUAUUGAAGGUUCAUUUCAAUUGACCCUUGCACUAGGAGAUAGUUGGUCGCAUUCAUGCACAAAUAGGAUAAUCUUGUUUUGGAAUGGCAACGAACGACACGCAUUUAUCGACAAGUCCCCUUCUCUGAAAUCAGCAUCAGCUCCAUAUUCUGUGACAACUAGAGGGAUACGCAAUUCUACUUCAAGCUGCAAACGAAUCAAGAUGAUGUGAGAUUUUGAGUAGGAAGAUAGUCUAUAACUCAGCCUUACCUCACCAUUUUUGCUUAUUUCUUUAUCAAAUUUAUGGACAUAACAAGAUUAUACCACAUGCUUCCUUUUUUGGCUUUCCUACAAUCCUUGCUUUGUGUAGCCUCAAAGUACAGUGAGUUUUGGUUUGGUUUAUAUAUAAAGCUCAUCUUAAUUGAGUUUGUCUUAAAGUGAACACAUAUAAGGGGGUAUUCACCCUUAAAGUACAUACAUAUUAGAGAUGUACUUACUCUAAAGUUUUUCCUUGGAUUUA